AUUUAAUAAAAAAAAAAAAAAAUCCAAAAGUCAUCUACUUUCUUCAUGGGUUUUGUCUGAAUUACGUUAAAGUCUAGUUUUUUCUUCCAGUAUUUACUCUGUCAUCUUGUCGGAAUUCUGCAGAUCUGUCUGAAACAGAGCAAUGAGUUCUGUCUGAUAACGAAACCAAAAUUUUUUUUUCUCCCCUUUAUUGUUUAUACCAAUGGCAAUGCCACCUGGCAAUGUUGCUUCAUCACCCAUCGCCGGAAACUGGAUCCCGGACGGGAGAGACGGGUUUAUCUCGUGGCUUCGUGGGGAGUUCGCUGCAGCUAACGCUAUCAUCGACUCUCUCUGCCAACAUCUAGUGGCGAUUGGGGAUCACAACGAAUACGAGAGGGUGGUCUCAGCCAUCCAACAACGUCAAUCAAGCUGGUCUCAAGUUCUUUAUAUGCAGCAUUUUUACCCUAUUGCUGAUGUUUCUUACAAUCUAGAGCAAGCUGCUUGGAAGCGGCAACAGAAGAUGCUUCCUCAGAGGUGUUACAAUUCUGAUCAGAUUGGGAAAUUUGGAGGAAGGAGAUCAGGGAAUGGAUUUAACAAGCAUCAUCAUCAUCAUGGUGGUGGUGGUUACAGAGGAGCUGAAACAAUGGUGAGGAACGGGCAUCUCUUGGAUACGGAUUGCCACAAGAUUGAAGCUAAGCUAACGAGUGGUGAUAAGGCAGUAUCUGUUGUUGAGGAGAAGAGAGAUGACAAUCUCAGUUCUGAGCAGAAGCAGGAUGAGAAAGAGAAAGAGUGUCCUGCAAGCAUGGCAAAGACUUUUGUUGUCCAAGAGAUGUAUGACGCGAAAAUGGUUAAUGUUGUAGAAGGACUGAAGCUAUAUGAUUCAAUGGUCGAUGCAAAGGAAGUUUCUCAACUCAUUUCUCUUGUAAACAAUCUUAGAAACGCUGGAAGAAGAGGUCAACUUCAAAAUAGAAGAAUAGAGCCAAUCCCAUCGUUUCUUUCAGACAUCACUGAACGUUUGGUCUCAAAUCACAUCAUACCUGUGAAACCAGACGCCUGCAUCAUUGAUUUCUUCAACGAGGGAGAUCACUCGCAGCCUCAUAUGUUUGUUCCCUGGUUUGGACGACCCGUUGGGAUCUUGUCCUUGUCGGAAUGUGAUUUCACAUUUGGAAGAGUCGUUGUCUCUGAUCAACCUGGAGACUACAAGGGCUCUCUCAAGCUGUCACUCUCUCCCGGAUCGGUUCUUGUGGUGGAAGGCAAAUCAGCAGAUCUUGCCAAGUUUGCAAUUGACUCAACCAGAAAGCAGAGGAUUCUCAUCACCUUCACCAAAUCUCAGCCGGGAAACGGACAUAACUGGGGUCCACCGCUUAGCAGAUCACCGAACCAUCACAGCCGUCACUCAAAACAUUAUCCUGUUAUCCCGACCACCACUGGUGUCUUGCCAACACCGUCUCACCGUCCACCAAACAACGGAGCUGUUCAAUCUCCUCCGCUUCCUCCUCCAAUGCCGCUCCCAGGUGGUGUCGUAACCACCGGAGAAACGAGCUGGCCACUGCUACCUCAUAGAAGACACCAGUCACCACCACAGCCCCGAGUGCCCAUCCUUGGAACUGGUGUCUUCCUCCCACCCGGUUCAGCUCAAGAACAGGUAGUACAAGGCUCCACAGAGAUUCCAAUAAGUCUGCAGAAAGAAAGAUGGAAAUGAAGAUGAAAGAGGAAGCUGCAGAGGAGUGCAAUGACAAUAGCGGUGGUAAACAGAUCAGAUAGCUGAAAGAUUCUGAGAGAAACGAGCGAGGGAAAGAUGAAAUCGGGAGCUGCAGUUUUUUUUUUAAACUGUAAAAUGAGCGGCAAAUUCUAUGGAACGUGGCCGUUUUUAAUUUUUGCCACUUCGGAAAUUGUUUUCUUAGGAAAAAGUAAGGAACAAGGCAAAACAAUUAGUUUAUCAUUUUCC